CAGGUGGUGCACGCCGGCAGGCCAGCUGUGUCCGCAGGCGACGUGCGUGGGCAGGUGUCGCGCAUAGUCAGUCCACAGUAGCAGCAAGUAGCGCACGGUACUGUGCAGUAGCGCCCGCCAGUGUGCAAGUUCGCAUGUCAGUUGGCCUCGGCGGCGGCGGCCAAAAAGGCCAACCAAGUAGCCAGUACCGCGAAGAUCGCACGGCAGCACCCGCGCGGUACCCCAUCAUGUCCAAUCAGCAUCUGCGUGCACGUUCUCAUGUCCAGGUACCUGUCGCGGUGCAUGGUAGUGCCCGACAGCGAUCAGCGGCGCUUGGUGCCAGCGCAUAUAGCGCAAGACAGCGCCAGAACAUCAACCCGUAUGUGCGACGCACGCCAACGCCAGA